AUGUUGGGCGAGGACCUGAGAUGCAACAGGUCUGUGUGUCUGAUCCCAGCACUCUACCAAGCACAGAAAGGAAGAACCUGUCCAGAAUUCCUGCAGUAUAGAAAAGGGAGGGAACAUCUCAACAUGAAAAAACUCUAUAAUGAAAAUGAAGGAAAGCUGGAAAGCGAGGGAAAGCCAGAAGAUAAAAUAGAUACAGAGGAUGAAGGAAAGUCAGACGGGAAGGAAAAGCCAGAAGUGAAGAAGAAGCCAGAGCACGAGGGAAAGCUCCAAGAUCAAGGACAGCCAGAUGCUGAGGGGAAACAAGAAAAGCAGAGCAAGUCCCAAUGUGAGGGAAAAGUUCGCAUUGAAGACAAGCCAGAACCCCAGGCCAAACCAACUGCGAGCUGCUGA